GGUGUAACAACAUUUUUACCGCUGGUUUUCCUCGCUCUUUUUUGCCGACUCGCGACUGUUUCCGGUAAAAGUUUCUGCCUUUGUUCCUCUGUAAACUGCAUUUAAUAGUACAAUGUGCAUUUGAGGUCGUUUACAAAAGAACUCUUAUUUUUAAUCUAUUCUUCGUCUGUAGAUCAGGCCGAAAUCCAAUCCAUUUCAAGCACCAUAAUUUAUCGCGCAUCAUUAUCAGUGAACAGAGAACUUGACAAAAUGGUGGUCCAAGAAAAUACGAUUAUACAAAAAUUAUGUAAGCAUUGCAUAAUAAUUAGGAGGCCCAUACCAGAUUAUUAUAAUAUCGUCCAAAGAAGGUACUCAGCAUUCAAUGAAACAUUUUAAUGAAGACAAGCAGCGAAAAAGUGUUACUAAUGAGCAUGUUAACGCGACGAGGUUCGCUCAAUCCUCGGUGUCAGCCGGCUAUGAAACUCGAUGAUGAAAGAGGAUGCAUUGCACCGGAUGGCUAAUGCACAAACACCUUCCGGAUAACGACGAUAAUGCUCCUUUGUUCGGAGCCAAUUUAAUCGAGAGAGAAAAAUUGGAGCACGAGGAUAACAACACCAAGAGAGAAAAAUUAGAUCUUGAUGCCUAUUAUAUCAAGAGAGAAAACUUGGACAUCGAAGCUAUUCUUACCAAUAAUGAAAAAUUGGACAUCGAAACUAGUUUUACCAAUAAUCAAAACUUGGACCUCGAAACCAAUUAUAUCAAUAGAGACAAAUUGAACCUCGAAGUCAUUUUUAUGAAUAGAGAAUUGAAUAGAAAAUUAGACUUCAAAACCAAUUAUAUCAAUAAAGAAAAAAUAGACCUCGAAGUCAAUUAUAUCACGAAAGAAAAAUUGGACCUCGAAACCGUUUUCAUGAACAGAGAAAAGUUGAUCCUCGAGGCCAUUUUCAUCAAGAGAAAAAAAAUUGGACCUUGAAGCCAGGCAUAUAAAUCUUAAGAACCCCUUUCGAGGAUCAUUAAUAAUCUUAUCAGUGAACAGAGGGGUCAUCGUGAUAUUUUUAAUGUCAUUUUAGUGUCGUGCUUAUCGAAUUCUUUCCAUGAAGAAUAUUUUAAGGAUCCGCCAGGUAGGGUGUAUAUUCGAUCAAUUUUUCUCUUGUCUGCGCCUUGCGAAAUCUUC